ACGCCUCGUUUAUUCUCAAUAGUUGUCAGAGCCUCAGGUCACUCACUAGUCGUCGUGAGGCAUCUUCCACUCCCUUUCUUUCUCUCUCUCUGUCUCCUUGUCCUUCACCUUCUCAGGCUCCAGCAUCUAUUUUGCAAAGGCUGAGAAAACCGUGGACAGCGAAGUAGCUCGUAAACUCGAGGCAGGAAAACAAACGCGUCUUUUCUCCUCAAAAGUUCUCGACUCAAAAUCCGACCAUGUCCGGCGAAGACGCACCCGCCCAGCAGCAAAAUGCCGAGGAGCAGAAGCAGCAACAGCAGCAAGAAACCAAGACGCCCGCCGAGUCCCCCAAAACCGAGAGCAAACCAGACCCACCGCCCAGCAGCGCCUCCGCCGAGGCCGCCACUGCCGCCGACACCCCAGCGCCCGCCGCGGAGAAAGCCCCAGAGGAGGACACGUUCAGCUACCGGGCUCUGGUGCUCACCGGCUACGGCGGGUAUGAUAAGGUGAAGCUCCAAGUGAAGAAGGGGAAGCCAGCUCUCAAAAGCGGCGAGGUGAUGGUGCGCGUGAAAAUGUGCGGGCUGAACUUCGCCGAUCUGAUGGCGAGACAGGGACUGUACGACCGGCUCCCUUCCCCGCCGGUAACCCCGGGCAUGGAGUGCUCCGGGAUCAUCGAGGCUGUCGGUGAAGACGUGACUGACAGAAAAGUGGGUGAUAAGGUCCUGGUUCUGAACCGGAGCGGUAUGUGGCAGGAAGUAGUAGUGGUGGCGACCACACACACCUUCCUGAUGCCAGAGGGCAUGAGCUUUGAGGAGGCAGCGGCAAUUCCUGUCAAUUACAUCACCGCCUACUUGAUGCUCUUCGACUUUGGACACCUGCGUCCGAACCAGAGCGUGCUCAUCCAUAUGGCUGCAGGUGGGGUGGGCAUCGCUGCCACUCAGUUGUGUAAAACGGUGAGUGAUGUCACCGUGUUUGGCACCGCCUCGGCCAGCAAGCACGAGGUCAUCAGCCAGGGCGGAGUCACGCACCCCAUUGACUACAGGACACGUGACUAUGUGGAGGAGGUCCGGAAAAUCAGCCCCAAAGGCUUGGAUAUUGUUCUGGAUCCUCUGGGAGGCUCUGACACCCAUAAGGGCUACAACCUUCUGAAACCAAUGGGGAAGCUCAUCAGCUACGGUGCCGCUAACAUGCUGGCGGGUCAGAAGAAGAACCUGUUUGUGGUGGCUAAGACCUGGUACCAGCAGUUCUCCGUACACACUCUGAGCCUGAUCCAGGGAAACCGCUCGGUGUGUGGAUUUCACCUGGGGUACCUGGACUCUGAGACGGAGCUCAUCGCUCAGGCCAUGGCAGUCAUUAUGGACCUGUACAGACAGGGCAAGAUCAAGCCCCGAAUCGACUCCACCUACCACCUAGAACAGGUUGGUGAUGCCAUGCGUAGGAUGCAAGAGAGGAACAACAUUGGUAAAAUCAUCCUCACCACCGAGCCCAUGAAGGAAGAGGAGAAGAAAGAGGAAGCCAAGAAAGACGAGGAGAAGAAGAAAGAUGACAAGAAAAAGGAUGACAAGAAGAAGGAAGACAAGAAGAAGGACGAUGCCAAGAAGGAGGAGAAAAAGGAGGAGAAGGAAGAGGCCAAGAAAGAUGACAAGAAAGCAGAAGAAAAGGAAGAGGCCAAGAAAGAGGAGAACUGAGUGGAGAGAAACAUUGUGGAUGUGCUUUGUGUCUGUGUCAGCGGUUUGGGAGUGGUUUGAGUGUGUGUGUGUGUGUGUGUGUGUAUGGAGGGGUGUAUAGUGUAAUCCGCUUAACCCCAGGUGAUUCCUGACAUUAGACCUGCAUUUCUGCAAUCAUUCAAUCAACAGAAUUCACACAACCACUUGCGUACACACACACACACACUUUAUACACCAAGGGAACACACCACUUUACGUUCUGUUGUAAUCCGGUAGUAUUUAUUCCCGGUUCUUCUGUGUCCUUUCUAACUAUUUCAUAUGACUGCAUGCCACCAAGGCAUGCUAGGGCCGUAUUAUCCUUUUUAUAACCAUCACUGCAGUGUUUACUCAACCAACGUCUUUAUAUAACAAAAUAACCUUACUCUUCACCCUUUAAAAUCGUACUACCCUAUCCUCUAACGUUAUUCCUGCCAAACUAAUGCACUAUAAAAUUGUAUACCACUGAAAUAUUCUUUGUAGACGCAAACCAAAAACCACCUCAUUCGCUCUCUACACCCCUCCGUGUGUUUGCGUAUGCACCGUGAGAUUGGCUUUUCUGUUCCCUUUUCGUCUCUGUUCUGAAGUGGGUGCACUUGUUUGAUUCACCAUACGUCAUCAAAAGUGAAAGAGCUUUUUUUUUUCUCUGCCCACUUUGGCAUGCAAAAACAAGCGCACCCACCUACACUCCCAUUGUUUAUGUUGUUUUCCCCUUAUUGGGCCAGACUCACUGACAUGUACUCAAGCCCCGCCCCCUGGAGGAGUCAGGGCAGUUUCUGAUUGGCCGAGAGGGACAACGGGCUUCUUUUAUGCAUACACGUGCACAUCGCAGACUUUACCCCGAAAACUAACAAGGGUGCUUUAGGCCUCAGCUGAUCAAUGUGUCAUGUCAUUAAAACAGGGCAAGCGGCAGGGUUUUAAUGAGUCUAGCUUGGCAAGCAGGACCAAUUAUAGAGAACAUUCUCCCAGCCUUUUCCCCAUCGUUUCUCUUGUAUCAGAUGUGGACUCGUAAAGACAGGAGUGGCCUUUCAUUCCAAAACCACCUCCAGGAUUCCUCAGGAUCCUGACGCUUUCCGCCCCUCGUUCCCGUGAUGGCUUUACCACACGAUCAUGCUGACCUGCAGCUCGCAUUUAAAUAUGAUCUCCACACCAGUCUGGCUUUUCUAACUCCACUCUCUUUCGCUCUCUUCCCAUUUCGUCAUUGUGGUUGGCAUAGCAACAGCAGUUAGGCUAGUUCGAGAUGACAGUUAGGUCUCACCCCCACAUCGCAGACGAAUGCAAACAGACAACCACUCGCAGCUUCUUUUAUACCAUAAACGUUGGUGGUUUUAUUUGAAUGCAUUUAGGAAUGUGGCUACACCCUCUCUUAGACCUGUCAAUCAAUCCCUCUGGCUCCUCCCCCUCCCCGGUUUCUCAGAGCGCAGUAAUCCACUGCCUCCGCUGGUGAUUUAUAUGCAGUGCAGUGCUAUCAUUCAAGUAAUCAAGACACCUGCUGACCGCACUCCUUUCUUUUCACACUGUGAGUCUGGUUCAUUUCAGUGAGUGUUUAUGUGAAACAAAACCAGAUCCCCUCUUUUAUAUGUGCGUUUGUUGUGUGCGAGUACGUGUGUUUCUGUAUUUGACCGUCUGUCCUCAGGUUUGUUGUCGGAUUUAGAUUCAAAUGUUCUUUCUUUCGGUUUCUCUACCUCCCUCACGCCACCUUAUGCUACCGUCUGGCAUUUUAACCGUCUCUUUCUCCUCCUCUGUCAGUUUCUAACUCUCACGUCACUCUUGAAUAUUCCGGCCCCCGUGAACGGCCUGCAUUGGUUUGCUAUCGUUUGCACUCAGCUUACACUUAUAGAGAAUGGUGGUUCCACACCCAAUCCACUGUAUCUUUGGUUCCCGUCCGGGUUUUCACACCGUUUCAGUCACAUUCUUGUUCUCCCACCAACAAACUCAUUCUGUGUGCGCCUCUAAAACCGAGAAACAAGUGUUUGAAUGUGCAUGGAGAUGCUCAGAAGGCUGCAUUGUUCGAUGCAUGCUCGUGUUUACAUAAUCACUACGAGUGCAGAUAACCAUUCAGGCCCAGAAUGCACUGGGGUGGGUGUGGAACGGCCAUUCUAGUCUGAAGAGUCACCAUGUUCCAACUCACUGAAUCCCAAUCCGGUUUUGAGUUCCGGAUCUGAGGGAUUGAGUUUCAGUUUCUUGUUGUGUUCCGCUGGCUCUCUUCCUGUGUUCCUGUGGAUGGUGACCCUAACUAACACUUCAGUAAAAAAAUCUCCGUCCUCUUUGUAUUAGGUUUCAUUUUUGUUUUUUGUAUGUUUGUUUUUGUGAUCUGCAUUUCAGUAGUUUGAGUUCAAAUGGCUUUGCUGCAGUUCCUCUAAAAUGUGAUGAAUCAUGUGAUUUCGUUGGUCCUGACCGAGUGUGCCAAACUUUUUUCGUGAAGGCAUGACCUUCGCUAUAACUGUGCUUGCUGUACUGAAGAAAAAAAAAAAAGAAUGAAAGAUAAAGAAAAAAAACCUAACCGUCUGUGGGUUUUUUUUUUUUUGUCAAAAUGACCUUGCAGUAAAAGAUCUCGAUUCUGAAUUUGCUCCUGUCGUGUGUGGUCGACUAUGCCCUGAAUAUUAUUGGUGCUGACAGAUUUCCGAAUUUUGUUUUUCCGCUAACGUUCACAUCCAUGCAAAACCUCUCGUUCUCACUGUGCCUCAGUCGUAGACCAACACCAGAUUGCCUCCACGCACGUAGACCGUAGUUCGUCCCGUCUCAGCUCUGCUGUCCUGAAGGGCUGGAAUCUCAUUCCCACUGAUCUGAAACCCCCCAGAUCAGGUGUACUGUUGUUUACGGAUGCACUUGUGUAUCAUGUGGGUGUUUGUAGGAAAUGAGGCGCACUUUCUAACCUAUGACCCUAGGUAACCCAACAAAAAGAUCCAGCAGCAGUCAGAACGAACGAAUGAUUCAUGUCGGUGUAGUUUUCCAAGUCGUUUCAGGAUUUGCUGGCUAUUGGUUGUUCUUUGUUUCUCAGUGAAUGUACAGUCAUUAAUCGCGAUCCUGAAAGGAUACUUCACCUUAAAAAUAAAAAUUGUCGUUGUUUCAAACCUGUGAGACUUUCUUUAUCUGUGAGGCAUAAAAGAAGUUAUCUUUGUCCAUGCAAUGGAAGUCAGUGGUAACCAAAAGAAAGGGUUUUGUUCCCAACAUUCUGCAAAAUCUCUUUUUGUGCAGAAGAAAGAGUCAUGCAGGAUUGGAACGACCAUAAAUAAUCAGAAUUUCCAUUUUUGGGUGAAAUGUGCCUUUGACAUCUAGUCUUCGAGGCCCGUUCACGAGCAAACCCUGCUGUGUUUUCAUUUCCAGACGAUCCAGCAGCGACAUUCCAAUUCUGGAACUCAUCUCGGCUGCUGAUGACAUCAGAGCGGCUGUCGAUUCGGGUUUUUCUUCCCUAGCUCUGUCUGCAUUGGCUAGUGUUAAGCGCCGCUGGGUCCGUUCAGAGACCGUUCGGAGCACCCACACCCAAAAACAAUGACAUCUGUGCUGGGAAUGCUAACUUUAAAUCUCUCAAGGUUUAGACAUUAUUAUUAUAAUAACGUGAUGGUUUGGAGUAUUCUUCCCCUUCCUUUUUAUUUUUUGGAGCUCACAACGGGUCCACAAUGAGCUCAGCUGCAGGUGCGAGGGUCUGUCAUGGAUAUGGAAUUGUGCGACUGGGAUCCACAGAGAGGUUCGGCUCGAGCCAAGCUGCUUCCUUCCUCAGUCUCUCAGUCCAAUAGCUUUCCCAGAACAGGAAACGCCCCUCAGGUUUGCAGAGGGCAGAAUUCCUGCAGCAAAUGCAGCCUUAACCAGCGCUAAAUCGCAUCAUGCCUAGACGUUAUUUAGGAUGUUAGAUACGCAAACAUAGUGCAGUUUGGUGUGCCUACAGUGAAAUGUAUUUAUUAAUUUAUGCGUUAAUGAAACCACUAAUGAAACGAAGUUUCGAAAGGCUUUUAGCUCUAAAUUUAUAUGGCCGAUGUCUUUUCCUUCUCUUUGUCUGGCACAUAUGAGAAACAGUGAGUCAUUGUGGACUGUUUCCCACACAUGCGGAGUGUAACAGGUCUAUCUUUGUGUAGCAAAUGCACACUGCACACAUCUCGCUUAAUAAUGCACUCUUUAUGUACAUUCGGAUGCAUUAUUGCGCUAAUAAAGAUCCAUCGUGACUUUAGAGACGUUUCAGAAAGCUCUCGAGUCACAAAAGGCUCCGUUUGCACUCUGUGAAUUACAGUUCCAAUUUUCCUGCUUGGCUUUUUGACUGAAGAGCCAAUCAGAGGCACCAGCUUACAUUCCUGUUCACUGAUUGGUUCUAAAUUCAAACCCCGCCCCUAUCAUCAGCAUUAAGGCUCCUCCCCUCCACACACGUCAGAGAAGCACCACGGGUUGUUUGUGUUGUUGUUUGUUUCUUAAAGCCCUCCAUCAAUUUUCUUCAUUUAAUUUUGAGAAUCUGAAGUGCUGCUGUGUCUGUGCUUGACUCUGGGUUGGUUGGACUGCGUAGAGUUCAUAACGCUUUUGUGUGUGAUGUGACCAUUUUGCCUUACAUGUUUUCCAGGACUAAUUAAAGAGCAUAACUAAAA